AUGUCAAGUCCUACACAAGCCGUAAAGACUCACCGAGUCCAUGGAAAGAAGACGGGGAAGAAUGAAGAGGAAACACCAACGGUAGCAGAACGAAAUAUCCAUAAAAGUGGAAAAAACAAACAUGACAAACCUACAAUGGUAACUGCAGAUGAUGUAUCACCAUCUUCACAACGACAAGCGAAAGAAGAAGAAAAAAAAAAUAAUAAAGUAAAGAGAGAAAAACGCUCACGUGAAGAAGGGGAUGCUGAAGUUUUACAUGGUUCCUUUGUAGUGGCAGAUCUCCCAACCAGUAUGGCUUCUAUUUACACCCGAACAGUACGUCAUCUCUUACCUCCACACCAUCAAAAGUGCAUCUCCGAGGCGGAAAUCAUGGAAGAGACGGACGGCGCCACUCUUACAUUUGAAGUGACGAAUAAAGAAGUCGCCGCCGCGAUGUUUAAACGCCUGCAAAAUAUGAAACUCUACGGUAGACGUUGGAAGGUGCAGUAUCACCCACUGAGGGCCGUGCAAUGUGCAAAGGAGGCGUGUUUGGUGGAUGCCCAACUGGUGCCCGCAGCCCCACGGGCAUUAGCCCUUCGAGCACUGAGCAGCGUUCAUGGAUUUCUCACACUUGCAGAUGAUGCGAUGGGCGAGACAAUGACGGCAGGGACUCCAUUGGAAGAAAUGGAUAAUCACACGGAUAAACACAGUGAUGAUUUAAAUGAUGAACAUAAUGGAUUUCAUGCGAGUGGACAUGCGGGAAUUUCUGAUGUUGAUGUGGUGGAUCGCGUGGUGGCGUCCUUUGUGGAUGAAGGCAGUGCACUGCACGCACGGGCAUUAUUGUCUGGACGAAUGAUUGGAAACUCGGGUGUACGUAUGUUUCUGGAGCGACACCGUUAG